AUGAGGCGACAGGUGGAAGCCGCGGGAACGGGAUCCACACCGGGACAGGGUCCACUCCGGGACAGGGUCCACCGGUCCGGUCCUCACUUCACCGGAGAGGAGAGAGAUGUGCCGCAGGGAGGCCGGAGGGCCGGAGAGGGCAGGACGGAGGCCGGAGAGGGCCGGAGAGGGCAGGACGGAGGCCAGAGCGAGGCCGGAGAGGGCCGGAGGGAGGCCAGAGCGAGGCCGGAGAGGGCAGGACGGAGGCCAGAGCGAGGCCGGAGAGGGCAGGACGGAGGCCAGAGCGAGGUCGGAGAGGGCCGGAGGGAGGCCGGAGAGGGCAGGACAGAGGCCAGAGCGAGGUCGGAGAGAGGCCAGAGAGGGCCGGAGGGAGGCCAGAGCGAGGUCGGAGAGGGCCGGAGCGAGGCCAGAGGGAGGCCGGAGAGGGCCGGAGGGAGGCCAGAGCGAGGCCGGAGAGGGCCGGAGGGAGGCCAGAGCGAGGCCGGAGAGGGCAGGACGGAGGCCAGAGCGAGGCCGGAGAGGGCAGGACGGAGGCCAGAGCGAGGUCGGAGAGGGCCGGAGGGAGGCCGGAGAGGGCAGGACAGAGGCCAGAGCGAGGCCGGAGAGGGCCGGAGGGAGGCCAGAGCGAGGUCGGAGAGGGCCGGAGCGAGGCCAGAGGGAGGCCGGAGAGGGCCGGAGGGAGGCCAGAGCGAGGCCGGAGAGGGCAGGACGGAGGCCAGAGCGAGGCCGGAGAGGGCCGGAGGGAGGCCAGAGCGAGGCCGGAGAGGGCCGGAGGGAGGCCAGAGCGAGGUCGGAGAGGGCCGGAGCGAGGCCAGAGGGAGGCCGGAGAGGGCGGAGGGAGGCCAGAGCGAGGCCGGAGAGGGCAGGACGGAGGCCAGAGCGAGGCCGGAGAGGGCCGGAGGGAGGCCAGAGCGAGGCCGGAGAGGGCAGGACGGAGGCCAGAGCGAGGCCGGAGAGGGCCGGAGGGAGGCCGGAGAGGGCCGGAGGGAGGCCGGAGAGGGCCGGAGGGAGGCCAGAGCGAGGCAGGAGAGGGCCGGAGAGGGCAGGACGGAGGCCAGAGCGAGGUCGGAGAGGGCCGGAGGGAGGCCAGAGGGAGGCCGGAGAGGGCCGGAGGGAGGCCAGAGGGAGGCCGGACGGAGGCCAGAGCGAGGUCAGAGAGGGCAGGACGGAGGCCAGAGCGAGGUCGGAAAGGGCCGGAGGGAGGUCGGAGCGAGGCCAGAGGGAGGCCGGAGAGGGCCGGAGGGAGGCCAGAGCGAGGUCGGAGAGGACGGAGGGAGGCCGGAGAGGGCAGGACAGAGGCCAGAGGGAGGCCGGAGAGGGCCGGAGGGAGGCAGGAUGGAGGCCAGAGCGAGGCCGGAGAGGGCCGGAGGGAGGCCGGAGAGAGGCCGGAGAGGGCAGGACGGAGGCCAGAGCGAGGUCGGAGAGGGCCGGAGGGAGGCCGGAGAGAGGCCGGAGAGGGCAGGACGGAGGCCAGAGCGAGACCAGAGGGAGGCCGGAGAGAGGCCGGAGAGGGCAGGACGGAGGCCAGAGCGAGGUCGGAGAGGGCCGGAGGGAGGCCGGAGAGGGCAGGACAGAGGCCAGAGCGAGGUCGGAGAGAGGCCAGAGAGGGCCGGAGGGAGGCCAGAGCGAGGUCGGAGAGGGCCGGAGCGAGGCCAGAGGGAGGCCGGAGAGGGCCGGAGGGAGGCCAGACGGAGGUCGGAGAGGGCCGGAGGGAGGCCAGAGCGAGGCCGGAGAGGGCAGGACGGAGGCCAGAGCGAGGCCGGAGAGGGCCGGAGGGAGGCCAGAGCGAGGCCGGAGAGGGCAGGACGGAGGCCAGAGCGAGGCCGGAGAGGGCCGGAGAGGGCCGGAGGGAGGCCAGAGCGAGGCAGGAGAGGGCCGGAGAGGGCAGGACGGAGGCCAGAGCGAGGUCGGAGAGGGCCGGAGGGAGGCCAGAGGGAGGCCGGAGAGGGCCGGAGGGAGGCCAGAGGGAGGCCGGACGGAGGCCAGAGCGAGGUCAGAGAGGGCAGGACGGAGGCCAGAGCGAGGUCGGAAAGGGCCGGAGGGAGGUCGGAGCGAGGCCGGAGAGGGCCGGAGGGAGGCCAGAGCGAGGUCGGAGAGGGCCGGAGGGAGGCCGGAGAGGACGGAGGGAGGCCGGAGAGGGCAGGACAGAGGCCAGAGGGAGGCCGGAGAGGGCCGGAGGGAGGCAGGAUGGAGGCCAGAGCGAGGCCGGAGAGGGCCGGAGGGAGGCCGGAGAGAGGCCGGAGAGGGCAGGACGGAGGCCAGAGCGAGGUCGGAGAGGGCCGGAGGGAGGCCGGAGAGGGCAGGACGGAGGCCAGAGCGAGACCAGAGGGAGGCCGGAGAGAGGCCGGAGAGGGCAGGACGGAGGCCAGAGCGAGGUCGGAGAGGGCCGGAGGGAGGCCGGAGAGGGCAGGACAGAGGCCAGAGCGAGGUCGGAGAGAGGCCAGAGAGGGCCGGAGGGAGGCCAGAGCGAGGUCGGAGAGGGCCGGAGCGAGGCCAGAGGGAGGCCGGAGAGGGCCGGAGGGAGGCCAGACGGAGGUCGGAGAGGGCCGGAGGGAGGCCAGAGCGAGGCCAGAGGGAGGCCGGAGAGAGGCCGGAGAGGGCAGGACGGAGGCCAGAGCGAGGUCGGAGAGGGCCGGAGAGGGCAGGACAGAGGCCAGAGCGAGGUCGGAGAGGGUCGGAGAGGGCCGGAGGGAGGCCAGAGCGAGGUCGGAGAGGGCCGGAGCGAGGCCAGAGGGAGGCCGGAGAGGGCAGGACGGAGGCCAGAGCGAGGUCGGAGAGGGCCGGAGGGAGGCCAGAGCGAGGUCGGAGAGGGCCGGAGGGAGGCCGGAGAGAGGGAGGUUUACGGCUUGUCAGAAUAUCGCAGCAGCUGCUUCCUACGACAGAGACCUGGUGCAGCCGCACUGA